CUGCUGUAUUAAAAUUUUGGAAGUACAGAGAGGCUGACGAUUGAAACUUUUUUUUUCUCUUUCUUUAAGCAAUGCCAAAUACAAACCAACAUGACGGCUAUAUCAGCAAUAAGAGAAAGGGGCAAUAACAUCAUCUGCUUCAUGUUUUUUUUCUACUUCUUUUCAAACUUAAAACCCCUCGUCGAAGCAAACAGAAAAACUGUGUUGGUUUCUGAAGGACAAACUUUAUUCUUCAGUAAUUUGUAGAUUCUCUUAAGUGUGUCAUUCUGAUGAGAUGCUUAUGAACACCAAACAGAGAAGUGGGGUAACUGAGAAAAAAAUAAGCAAACUGAGUUGUCUUCUGGUUUCUUUGUUUAGACUUUUAGCUGUAUUGAAUCUUACCAAAAUCCUGUUUUCAGAAGUAGAUACUUGAAAGCAGCCAGUCAGCAUUUGCUAACCACUUGUCGGCAGAGACAGAGAAAAAAAAAAAGGCACUUGAAAUUGUUCAAAUAAAAAACCUUGUCAACAAGACGGAAUUCAACCCAAGAUGCCAUUUUGAUGUGGAAUUUCCUGUAAAAGGUUCAAUGUUCAAGUUUUUCUAUUGGAGACUUAAAAACUUUGAAACAUGUCAAAACCAUCGGCAACAAUUGUUGUUGGUGGUGCUGCUGGAGCGAUCGCAUUUAUAGCAGUGGUUAUAGGAAUUGUGUGGUUCUGCAAGUUUCAUUCUAAGAAAUUCUCAAACAAGAACUCAGAAACAGGUUCCUCAGAUCCAUCUGCAUUGGUGGAGUGGAAUAGAGGUGGAACCAGUUCAGGGACAGCCCCGCAUCCAAUGGCAGUGAGGCAGUUCACACUGGAGGAAUUAGGCCAAGCUACUAAGCAUUUCAAUGAGAGCAAUCUCAUCGGUUAUGGAAGCUUUGGCACAGUUUAUCAAGGUUUGCUUCGUGAUGGGACGGUUGUGGCUAUCAAAAGGCGUGCAGGUCCUCCUCAACAGGAAUUUGUCUCAGAGGUAUCUUUUUUGUGGGAGAUUCAGCAUCGAAAUUUAGUUACUCUAUUGGGUUACUGCCAGGAAAGUGAGUCUCAGAUUUUGGUUUAUGAGUAUUUACCAAAUGGAAGUGUGUGCAAUCACUUGUAUGGUCCAUCAACUAAACUAGAGUUCAAGAAGAGGCUAACCAUCGCUCUAGGGGCAGCAAGAGGUUUAUGCCACUUGCAUGGUCUAAAGCCUCCCAUUGUACAUAAAAACUUCAAAACAGCCAAUGUUUUGGUUGAUGAGAACUUCAUUGCUAGGAUUGCAGAUGCAGGGGUUUCAAGAUUGCUUGAAAAGAUUGAAGAAGCAGGUCCAUCCGACAGAUCUAGUGUCAAUGUUUUCCAAGAUCCAGAAGUAGGAUCAUCUGGGACUGCAUCUGAUGUAUACAGCUUUGGUGUAUUCCUUUUGGAGCUUAUAACUGGACGUGAGGCUUUACAUAAUGACAACUUGGGAUCUAAUGAGAGCUUAAUUCAAUGGGUUGAAACUCAGCUGAGUAUGAAUGAUUUUGUGGACCACCGGCUAGAUGGAAGCUUCACUGCAGAAGGGAUGAGGGAUUUAAUCAGGCUGACACUACAAUGUAUGAGUUUUCCAGGAAGAAGGCGCCCAAAAAUGGAAAUGGUUGUUCGUGAGCUCGAACGAAUUCAAGAGAGAGAAAUGGCUCUAACAACAAUCAUGGGAGAGAGCACUGCUACAAUUACUCCAGGAAGCCUGCUAUUUAGUUGAAAUUGAAUAUGAACUUUUGUUAGAAAAAAAAAAAAAAAAAACAAA